AUGUCUACAAUGCAUAGUGGCGUGGGUGUUCGCCGUGCCAUGCAGCGACUGCGGUAUAAAACUUCUGAGCAGCGGCAAGUCGUGAAUGAAAUGCGGCAACACGCGGAGGAACUCACGGCGAGUGGACGGGCCUCUGCGAAGGCCAAACACGUCAUUCCACCGCCUCUCUGCUUUGCGGAAGUAGCGGGAGAGGCCGAUCUGCAGCGCAGUUUCUUCCCAGACGGGAUGCUCAGCGGUGUGGGAAUUGGUGUUUCCGAUACGCUCGAUGUGCGGGAAUUCCGCACACGCUACGGUGUGGACUCGCAAUUACUCCAUCAAUUGCCCCAACAUGAGUUUCCAUUCGUCUCGUGGCUACGACGGCAUGGGGCUCAGUUUGUAGGGAAGUUGGUUUGUCGAACACCCGUCACUAUUGGAGAGGCGAGUUUAUUAGCAGCGGACUGUCCAGCUGCAGUGGCCGUAUCUCGUGGGGCGUGUAAUUACGCGAUUAGUUCAGCUCUUAUGGGUCCUGCGGCGAUGACAUCACCAUUACAUUAUGAUGUGGCCGCGUUUAAACCAACAUCGCAGUCUUUUGCAACUUUUACGGAUAACUGUGGGAUUGGAGCUCCAUCUAUGUCUGUAGGUAUAACCGCUGCUCGUCUUGAUGAUAUUUUUUAUCUUUGGGAGGUAUUUACAUCGGCUAUUCAGCCAACUUCUUUUCUCAGUGAAGAAUGGAAGGAGACAAAUACCGGUAGUAGCGGUAAAGGUGGUACAGAGCAUGAAUAUCAAAAGAACCACAGUAAAACUAGUCAUACCAAUAGUACUUCCUCUACUAGUAUUAACAAUAGUCAUAAUAAUAGUAGUGGUAGUUCUAGUAGUAGUAGUAGUAGUAGUAAUAACAAUAGUGGUGGAGGAGGAGGAAGUGGUAGUAAUAGUAGUAGUAAUAAUAAUAACAUCACCAACACCAAUAGUGGUAGUGGUGUAAAGGGAUUACAUUACGGUGAUUCUUCAGGAAUGAAUGGACAUGGUAGCAGUAGUGGUUCUAGUGAGGAAAUGUAUAUACGUCAUAUUGAACUUUCUGUAGGUUACCCUGCAGAUUGGAUUGAUGCACUUUGUCAAGAACGUAUGGUUUCUGCAGAUGAAUUUCGUCGUCGUAUUCUUCGUCUUGCUUCUACCCGAAAUGCUAUGCGAAAGAAUGAAGUAUUAGAAGUUAUACCAUUAACUAUUGAUGUAGACUUGGAAGUAGUGGUACAAGCUAUACAAACUAUAGCAUUAUAUGAACUUUCUCAGUCAUUUGAUCGUGUCUUUUCACCGACUACUUCCAGUAUGCGAGGAGUAGGGGGAACAACUUCGCAAUCAGGUGUAUUAGAUGAACUACCAGAUGAAUUGGUAUCAGCUAUAUUUAAUGGUAGAACUUUAACAAGUCUUGACUAUCAUCGAGCCUUACGUGCACGAGAUACUGUACUACGUGCAACAGAAGAACAAUUUCGAGAUAUUGAUCUCAUUGUUGCCCCUAUUUUAUCUGAACCGUAUGUGAAUAGCAGUAUGCGAAGUAUUGCCCCAUUAUUACCAUUUGCCUUGGGUGGUAAUCCCAUGGUUUCUGUACAGUUAGAGCCCGAUUUCCCUGUUGCUUUGAUUGGAGAACUCGGCCGGGAUACCGGUCUCUUUGAGGACUGCACAACUUUUCUGCAGUUUGUGCGGGGAACCUCACCAAGAUGGUGGCGGCGAAAGUUUAUGCGGUGA